AUAUUCAGUGAUUAUAUUUCGGCGGCAAUGUGAAUAGUAUAAGUGAAAGUUACAUAUGAUUGUUAUUCAUUAUUGCAUAUUAAAUUGAAAGAUGGGUAUUACUGGUUUAUUACCGUUUUUGGAAAAAGCUUCAAAAAAAGUAAAUGUUAAACAGUUUUCCGGUGGUGUUGUUGCUAUUGAUUCUUAUUGUUGGCUGCAUAAAGGUGUGUUUUCUUGUACUGAACAAUUGUUAAUGGGACAACCGACAGAUGCAUAUGUUCGUUAUUGUAUGAAAUUUAUAUCUAUGUUAUUAUCUCAUAAAAUAAAGCCAAUUCUUGUAUUUGAUGGGAGACAUUUGCCUGCUAAGAAAGAAACUGAAACAAAACGACGAGAGUAUGUAUAAUCUUUGAAAAUUUGAAAUUAAAAAUUUUAUAAAAUAAAAA